CAUGUGGAUGAAAAUUCGCACAGCAGGGAUGCCAAGACUUGCUGGGCGACUGGAGAUGUGGAUCUUCCAUUGCCACCACUCUUUCACAUCCAAACCGGUUUUAGCCCUCAGACGCAUACGACGUCCAACCCAAGAAAAGUAAAAGGUCGCACUGCACUGUUUGUUAGGGAAAUCGGAGUCGGCCAGAUUAGUCAAUACCUGCCACAGAUAAAGCAGCGGACCGGAGAUUGCACAGAAUAGCAUAGGUGGGGCUCCCAAUCGCGACUGCUGCCCUCAAAGGCGCAGAAAUACAUCGUUAGCGCGAUGGAUCCGUUGUUUGGCCCUGAGGGAAAUGAUCCAUUGCUCGACUUCCAGCCAAACUUUGCUCUUUCCCUCCCAGUUCAAAUACUCCUUCUGGGUGUCAUUCUUACGCUUGUGGCAGUCUUGCUCAUUCACCUCCUCUUCACUGCGCACACCCACUGGCCCCUGGCACGGCUCAAUUACGCUCUACAAAUAUCAGGGGUCAUCACGUUACUGACCUCCCUGAUAGCGAGCAUAAUUGCUGUAUUCCAUUUACUCCAUGGUUACAGUCGUGGAUGGCCGUAUAUGCUUGACUAUAUCGCAAUAAGUAUCCCGCCAGAUCAUUGGACGACAGUUGAGAAGAUUUCAUGGUAUUCCAUGGAAGCCAUCACAUCAGGACUUGCUCAUACCACGAACAUCCAGACUCUCACUUUACUCUUUCCUACGAAAAUAGAACAGAAACUAAUAUUUUUUCUUCUUGGUCCACUCGUACUUGCAUCAUCAGCUACGACUUUCGCAUCUCUAUCGCCCACUCCUCAUGCCAAGGACUUGGGUGACGCCAUCCGAGGCAUCUGCAACACGACUCUCUCUCUGCUCUUCACAUCCGCGUUGUUUAUUUGGGGCUUCAUCAUUAACCCUAAGGAGGCAUGGCGAACCGACGGCGGUACGGCAGUGUUUGGUGCUGGCGCCUCUCUGUUGGCUGUGAUGAGCACCGUCGUGAAUCUUAUUCUAAUAUUCGAGGAUCGCCUGGUGUGGUUGCCCUACAUGAACUGGGCCGUGGUGUUGUGGCAGAGUUUUUUUGGAUGGUGGUGGUUUGCUGGCUCGGGGAUGGGUAUUCCCGAGGUAGAGGACAUGCUGUAUCGUGCGGAGCGCAACAAACGGAAAGCGUUGGAGAAGGAGCGCAAACGGAAAGGCAAAAAGCGCUCGGAGGUGCAGCCGCCUACUUCGAGUGCUUCUGGAGUCCUUCGUUUCCUCAGUCCGCUAGUUGGAACUUUGGGUAGACAGAACUUUACACGGACGGUGGAUUCAGACCACGAUACAACCACUGGCCACACUGGAAACCGCGAGACGCUUUCUGUUCAUUCAGAGUUGCCCCCCCGUGGACAACUACAGAAACCUCGCUCCGGUAUUUCCAAUCUUGUCAAUGAGCGUGCUGCUGUUGAGAGAGCCCAAACUGAUCUUCGGUCCGAAGGCGGCGAGACUGAAAGCUGGGCAUUGGGAGCUUACGGUCUUGUGCAGCGAGAAGAAGCUGAACGAAGGAUAAGAGAGUUCAAAGAGCGAAGAAAAACCCAAAGACUUCUCAGUCAAGAACGAUACGUUGAGAACGAGGAAAGAGAGGAGGACUGGGAAGAUGAAUAUGGAGAACAUGAGCAAAGGGAUGCAUUGGAAAGAUUGCAACGGGAGGUAGACGCUGAGGCAGCAAGUCCUUCGGUGACGAGGCGACGGGGGAAUCGAUCACCCAGUCACAGUCCUUCUCGCUCGGCCGUCACUUCGUUACCUGAUCCUCUGCCCCCUUCUGGUUCUAUCUUCUGGUUGUGGGGUCCGCUGCGUCGGUGGAGACUGCAGGACCGGACGGUUUACCAGUGA